AUGUGUGGAGGACUCAAGGCCGAUCUGUUUGUUAGAUACAAACAAAUGGAAAGAAAGCUCAAGCUUCUCGAGAUAAGGGAGGCGUAUGUGCGCAAGGAAGUGGAGACGCUGAGGAGGGAAGAGAGACACAGCAAAGAGGAGCUGGAUAGAGUCAAGAGUGUUCCGUUGAUAAUGAGGCAGUUUCUGGAGCCUAUCGACAACUCGACAGCAAUUGUGGGGUCGACAGCAGGGAGCAACUUUGUUGUCCGAAUACUGUCUACUGUGGACCGAGAGCUGCUGAAGCCAAACACUACAGUUGCGCUGCACAGACACUCGAGUGCGAUUGUGGAUGUGCUCCCUCCGGAAGUGGACAGCACGAUUCCUGUAAUGGGGGAGUCUGAGAGGCCGGAGGUGACGUAUGCAGAUGUGGGAGGGCUGGAUGUGCAGAAGCAGGAGAUAAGGGAGACGGUUGAGCUUCCUCUGCUGCAAUCUGAGUUGUACAGACAGAUAGGAAUUGAUCCUCCGCAAGGGGUGCUGCUGUACGGGCCGCCUGGAACGGGGAAGACGAUGCUUGUGAAGGCUGUGGCGAACCAUACAAAGGCUACAUUUAUAAAGGUCAACGGGUCUGAGUUUGUGCAGAAGUAUCUUGGAGAGGGCCCGCGGAUGGUGCGGGAUGUGUUCAGGCUUGCAAGGGAGAAGGCGCCGUCGAUUGUGUUUAUCGACGAGGUGGACUCGAUAGCAACAAAGAGAUUUGAUGCGUCGACAUCUGCAGACCGGGAGGUGCAGCGGGUGCUUAUUGAGCUGCUGAACCAGAUGGACGGAUUUGACCAGACGGCAAAUGUCAAGGUGAUCAUGGCCACAAACAGGGCAGACACAAUCGACCCUGCACUGCUCAGGCCGGGACGGUUGGACAGGAAGAUAGAGUUUCCGCUUCCCGACCGGAGGCAGAAGAGGCUUGUGUUCAAUGCCAUCACAUCGAAGAUGAGCCUCAAGGACGAGGUUGACAUUGAGAGCCUUGUGUGCAGGCCCGAGAGGAUAAGCUGUGCAGACAUCAAUUCGAUCUGCCAGGAGGCGGGAAUGCUUGCAGUGCGGGCCAGCAGAUACAUGGUUACGCAAAAGGACUUUGAAGAGGCAUACUCAAAGGUUGUUGAGAGAAGCGACACAAGGCCUGCAUUCUACAAUUAA